GGAUGCAGACAUUUAGCUGGGAGCGUUUAUUCGGUUACACCACUCUAAUAUUAGUAUUCCUUUAAGUCACCAUUCCUCUAAGAUUAUGUUUUCGUGUCGGCAAAAGCUCGAAAUUAAGACCUGUUGUGACUCGACAUCUAAUUGACUUGUUGGCCUCGACACAGGUUGCUUAAAUGUUUGCUGGGUAGGAUUUUUUUUCUGAAUAUCUUCCUGAAUACGUCACUCAUUUUGGAAAACAGAAGCGUAGCGCGUCUCUCUAUAAAUACCCUCCCAGUAGACAGAACUCUCAUCUGCUGCCUCCUCUCCUCCCUGCGCGUAAACUCAACCGAUCAGACGGCAACAUGGCUAUGAAGGUGAAGAACUGGCCCCUGAAGGUGGGCCACACGUUGACCGUCACCGGGUUCCCCAAGGCGGAUGCUAAACGCUUUAUAAUGGACAUCGACUCCGGGGACGACAUCGCGUUCCACAUGAGCGUGUGGUGGAAUGCAGUAGUGGUCUACAAUACGAAGGAGGGGGGAUGCUGGCGGGAGGAGAUCAAACACGGGUUGUUCCCCUUCAAACAAAAUGAGCUCUUCAAGUUCACCGUCACCCUGACCCAUGAGGAGUUCUUGGUGAUCCUGAGCGAUGGCUCUGAGGUCCACUUCCCCAACCGCCUGGGGGCGUGUGAGUACAAGGACUUCUCCUUCGACGAGGGCGUCCUCAUCCGCAGCUUUGAGAUCAACUAACCCUGAGCUGGAUCUCCUCCUUCAGUCUGGUGGCCUCUCCUCACAGCAGACCGGUUCACAGGCAGAUGAGAACCACUCACUUCAUCAACCUCUGACAUCCCUGUGUUAGAUGUUCUUUACAAAGCUUUUUCUGCAAUGGUAACACUGAUUGAUUUGUUUUGUUUGGGCCUUUGUAUUCCUUUGAGAAGAUCGGCCAUUGAUGAUCGCUUCCACCAUGGCCUGUCUUGGGCCAUCUUCUCCAUCUGUUGCCCCGUCAGCCCUUCCUCCUUGAAUCGUAAAACUGAUGUGGAUUAAAAAACGAUUUUUUUAGCAAUGAUAA